AUGGAAGAUUGCAAGGUUACGAGCCCGGUGCUCCUGAGAGUACUCAGAGGAGUUGCAGCGGCCACAUUAUUAGACGAGAGCAGCUAUGAGAGGCUCGCUCAGUGUUUUGCCCGUAGUGGCCCAAAAGUAGAAGGUGUCGACACUUGCCCUGAGAAGGAUACUGGCCAGGCUCUUCCAGUCAGUGACUGGCUUGCUAUAAUUUCGGAUAUUUCUUGCGGUGACAAGGACAAACACCUAGCAGACCUUGUGCUCGCAAUCGCGCUUCUUCGCGAAAGCGGCCGAAGGACAGGGGAUCCUAGUCAUGCAGCCGUCUCGGACGCGGAUUUAACAACCGCGUGGAAUAUGAUACGAGACGCGCUUCUCAGUGAUCUAUUUCGAGAUUCUAAUGUCCGGGCAUCCCGCAGCGCACAAGGGUUCCUGUCCGUUCCCCUCUGCAGCAUAGUGCAGAACGGGAAUAUCGAAGAGCUUUUUCGGCUUCAUGUGUGGCUAGCCGAUGGGCAGCGAGGAGUUCCAGAAUUUGCGGUCCAUUCCCAUCAGCCAUUCGCACAGAGUUGGAUCCUCGCUGGUGCCGGGGUGGACCAUUCAUUCGAUGUUCAGGCAACGACAGAUGGCGCAACAGCCACCCAUGCGAAGUAUAGGCUCGUCUGGCAAGAUGCAAAAAGUACAGGUAGGUCCUAUAAGACACAUCAAAUAUCAUCUACUGUCGAGAACACUGGGGCCUUGGUGCAAGUGACGGCGAAAGGUUCAACGCUGCACACGCGCAAUAUGAGCUACUCGAUUCCGGCGACUGCCUUUCAUCGCACAGAAGUUUCGCCAGAUACAUUGCACGCGACGCUGUUCUUCUUCGACGCAUCACGCGGCUUUGUGCAAGACGCGCCGGUGUUGGGUCCCAAGGAUCUUCGCUCGUCCACUCAACUCCGUGAUCCUGGUGGUAUCUCACCAGCAGUGCUAGCGACCAUGGUAGACGCGGUUCGAUCAUGGGAAGUGUUGAUGGAGCAGGGAGAACAACAUGCCCAGCGCGCUGAGUGGGAGCAUGCAUUGCGCUCAUUCAGCCAUGCUCUCAGUCUCUGUGGACCGGGAGGGUCGUUGCCAGAGUCAGCAAACUACAAGCAUAUCGCGCUGGGGAAGCUAGGAUACACGGAUAGGCGAUUUGGAAGAUACGAAAAGGCAGAGAAAUAUCUACAGAGUGCCUUGGAGGGGCUUGGCUCCACACCUUUGCAUGUCGAACUUCUUGGUGAGUUGGGGGUAGUUUACCGCCAUAUGAAUCGUCUCGAGGAUGCCAAGCGAGAAUUUGAGAUUCAGUAUAAAAUGGCAGGGGAGCUAAAGUUAGAACAUGCUAUGUGCCGCUCUAUCGGUAAUUUGGCCAUGACAAACUACCAGCUUUCGAGAGAUUUGCUGCCUUUAGCCAUUGACCAGUUAAAGGAGCGCAUCCGUCUAGCCCGAUCAAUUAGGGCAUCCGUGGGAUCGGGAGAGGAAAGUCAGGCCAUCAUCUGGGAGACGGUUGGGCUUUCUCGACUGUCACUCUGCUACACUGCCUGUGGUUUUGCGAAAGAGGCAAUUUCCGCGGCUUUAGAAUCUGUGGAAGCCGCCCUCAGCACAAAAGACCCUACAGUAGUUGCAAUGUCCCGAUUUUUCUAUGGACGCUCGUUGUAUCUAAGUGGGCAGUUGGAGGAAGCUUUACAACAGUUCAAUCCGGUUGGGACGUGUACUCCCGCUAUGGCCCUGUGCAAAGAGCCUUCCAAUGAGCAUUUGGGAUAUUUGCGAGAGCUGGUGGAAGCUGGAGUCGACUUGGACCUCGUUGAUGAACAUGGCUAUAGUGCAUUGGAUUACGCUGUAUUUUGCGGCGACAAACAGACCGAAGAGGUUGUUCUUGACGGACUUUGCCGACAGUUCGGAGAGAAAGCGAACGACAAGCUCGUACAGCGACAAACAGAGGCUCAAGUGCGAAAGUGCUAUCGGGAGUUGUUCCAAGAAAGUCUGCGGCCUAUCCUUCUGGAAAGCAAGAAUGAUGUAAACCACUUGCAGCAUCUACGACGCGUGUAUGCCACGUCGCUUACGGCAGACGAAGAGAAAACCAGUAUAUUUGACGGGCUCAAAUUUGUGUGGUACCAGGACUUUGUGCGUAAUGGACGACUUCCACGAUCGAACCACGGCUUGACGCAGCAUUUUCACGAUAUAAGGCCCGAGCUUGCGCCAGACUACAUCAUCUUUAUAUCGUAUCGCUGGAUCAACGGUGAUCCUGCGUGUGUAGCAUCACCAGACGACACCAAUCACACCCAAUAUCGCCGAAUGAUCAGAGCAAUCGAGGCAUUUAUAGACGCUCACCCCUCUAUUAACCGACAGCGACUGGGAAUUUGGCUGGAUUGGGCCUGCAUCGAUCAGGAUGACCCCUUGCCUGGGAUUGCCGCACUCCCUCUCAACCUUGCGCAAUGUGAUGCGGUAAUUAGCCUGCUUGAUGAUAGUUAUCACAGUCGCUCUUGGUGCUCUGUCGAAGUUAUGAUUAUACAGACACUGCGAAGGUCAUAUCAGCUGCAUUCAUGGUAUGAGCAUAAAAGAAUAGAAAACACGGAGCAAUGGGCAAUGCAGGAGGGACCAUUGGACUUCGAGCCCUCAGUUGCGGGUAAACUAUUGAGCUCCGAAGAGGAUCGACCCAGGAUCCUGUUUUUAGAGAGACAGGCGAGAUUGCUCGGUCGGGACUAA